AUGGCUGAAAAACCACCACCAGGAAAUGCACUUCCUAGAUUUCAGCCACUGAAGAAGAAUGUUAAAAGAGAUGCCCACACUCAGCGAACAGUUCCAAUCAGUGCUUCUGUUCCAAGUUUUGCAAUUUUCGAUAAAAAACCAAAACCACCACCGAAAAAGAAGGAAAGAGCUCCUCAAAUAUUAGAAUUUGGUGAUGCAUUUAGACCAUCUAAUGCAAGAAGAAAUACAAACUUUGCAACGGAUAUGUUUGCACCAACAUUGCCAACAGAAGCACAAGAUGCAAUUGUUCAAGAUCAAAGUUUAGAUGUAAAGCUUCCUCUCGUAAAACUUGAGGAACAAAAAUCUAAUUUGGUUGAUAUUUUGCAGUCAAAAGAAAAAUUAGUAUUAUUCCAGAUUCCAUCUGCAUUACCAAUCAGAUAUCCAAACGAUACAGGCCAAAUGGAAGGAAAUCCUUUAGUUGGUGCUACAGAUGGCCACUUAGGAAAGAUUCAGAUUCAUAAAAGCGGCCGUGUUACUGCAAAAAUAGGAAAUAUUGACUUCGAAUUAAAAUCUGGAACGUCUGUUAGCUGCGCACAAAUACUUUGCACUGAAUCUUCAACAGAUGGCUUAGAAUGGGUCGCAAUGUCAGGAGAAAAGAUAAUUUUGACACUCGAUGUUGAUAAAGUACUCAAUCAAAUUGAUAAUGAAUCAAAUUAA